UUUGACAUUACACUAAUUUUGUUAAAAAUUUUAUUUAUUUAUUUAUUUUUACUGAAGUCUGAAGCUUUAAAAUGUCACAGCAAUUUGAAUUAUUAACUGAAAGUCCUGGUCAAUGGACAUCCGCUUCAUAUGUUAUCCCCGAAAUUCAAAAGAAGGAAAUAAAACCCUUUGUUGUUCUAAGCCUAAAAGAAUUGGAAGGUAAUCCAGACAGUCGUACUUCCAGUUUAACGAAUUCCAACAAGUAUUCUGCGGUGAGGGAAGUCGUGAGACAUGUAGCACGGUCCAGAUCAGCUACUAAGGAGCCAUGGUGUGCUACGGAUGUUAGAAAUUUUCUAGAAAAUUUAAAAUUCAGUCCGGAAUGUGCUGAAGAAUUAACAACAUUAUUAUGCACAGACAAAAUAUAUGACAAUAUACCAAGGCAUUUACGAAUGAAACCUGGACUGGUUAGCAUACAGUGGAAAAUUGAUUUGUCUUUAUGUCAAAAUAACAUAGAAGCAGAAAAUGCAAAUCCUGAAAGAUGUAAAGAAAUAACGCAACGUGACACACAUAUCAUAUUAAUAUUGAAAUUAACAGACGGACAAACGAAAACUUACAGAUUAUCUAUUGCAAAGUUCCAUGAACUAAGGUAUGUUAUAGCUAGUGCAUUAAAAUCUAUGAUUGUGUUAGAAAAAAGGAAAUGUAUGAGGCAAGACUGACGGUUGUCUAUGGUUGAGCUGUCAAAGUGACAGGUAUAGUUUGACAAAGAAUAUACAGACUUUGCCGUAUUGCGGAGUAAUAUAUACCUAAUUUCUAUCCAUAGAUUCUAAUCUAUGUUCUAAUUGCUGUAAUAACAUAAGCGAUUAAAUCGCCUUAGACCAGGAUUUAUUAUAUUCUUGGUCAAAUAAUAAUAAUAAUAUAGCCCUUUAUUCUAAGAAUAUUUGAUAUUAUAUAGUUACAGGUAUUCAAAAAUUUUAUAAGACGUCCCUAAUCUCAAUGUGCCCCUUGGCAUAGGCCUCCUCUAAACAUUUUAAUGUCAAAUAAUAAUAAAGAAUUAUAAAUAUCAAAAUAUUAAGUCAUCAAAUACACUAAAACUUGUUUCAUCGCGUUAAUCAAACAAACAAUAUCAUAGCAUUGUCCAUAAUAAGUGACAUUUUUUUAUAUAGUAAAUAUCUCUAUUUAGAACAGCGACAAAGCUGUAGUAUUAUCAUGUUAAAUUUAAAAAACGAAUUAUUAUAUACAUUUGAACAUGGAUAAGCAAGAAAUCUCUAUAACCGAGAGACAUUCCCAACGGAAGACCUCCAUAAGUGAGAAACUUGAGUUAGAGAGAAAACUCUAUAAGAGAGAAACUCGAGUUAGAGAGAAAACUCUAUAAGCGAGGAACUCGGGUUAGAGAGAAACCUCUAUAAGCGAGAAACUCAGGUUAGAGAGAAACCUCUAUAAGCGAGAAACUUGGGUUGGAGAGAAACCUCUAUAAGCAAGAAACUCGAGUUAGAGAGAAACCUCUAUAAGCGAGAAUAAUAUCACAGUCCCUUGGACUCUUACUUUUCCAAGUUCAAGUAUAGUAAAUAUAUAGAUAGGAAAUAUAUAAAAUUAUUUAGUUGCUUAGCGACAUUUAUUAUAAUAGCCAAGCUCUUAAUUUAAGGGUGUUACAUUCCAUUUCAUUUUUUUUAACUACUUAUAUUGAUUUAGUAUAUAGCUGGACGGUUCCUUAUGUGCUAAAGUAUUAAAAUUAAAAAAUAUUUAUGUCUUUACCUUAAAUCUGUUUAUGCAACUUGACCUCUUUUGUAAUAAUUAUUAUAAAAUUACUUUAUUUAAUGUUAAAAUAUGUUAUAGGUUAUAA